AGUUCAGUCAAGUCGCGUCAAGCUAUUACCCUAAUCCCUUCGGGGCUUGUUCACUUAAUUCAGCUACACAGAUGAAGACUGUUAAGACGCAGAGAAACAAACACCUACUGAAGGCCUCAGGAGUGUGAACAUAAAGUCUUCUCUUAUUUUUGAAUGUUAAUAGUGGAUUUUUGCUCAGGACAUUGAAGGUUUUUCAGGGGACAUGGGGAAGCGUGUGACUAUGGUUUCUUGGUGCCCUCACAAGUUGAUUUAUUUGCAUUUUAACUAUACGCAUUGACUAACUCAAGCACCGAUGGGGUACACCAGGCGGAUACAUUCCUUUGGGUGACAUGUUGUGGAAAUAAAGCUUCUGGGAUUUCCUUGAUUAGAAGAGAAACCCACCAGGAGCAGCCAUGGGGUGUGGUGUCACAAAAAACAGUGAAUUCAAUAAAAGAUUUGAUAAAGAUGGAAAUGCCAUCCCAGCGGCCAUAACAAUGAAGGCUGCGGUGCUGAUCCAGCGCUGGUACCGAAAGUCUGCGGCUCGCAUGGAAAUGAGACGAAGAUACACCUGGAACAUCUUCCAGUCUAUGGAGUAUGCAGACUUACAAGACCAGAUCAAAUUAUACAACUUUCUUGGUUACCUGAUGGAUAACUUCACUCCAUCCAGCAGUGAACGAAAGCUGAUCUCACAUAUCUUUAGGGAAAACGAAGUUUGCAGAGAUGCAGAGUGGGAGAGAUACUUCAGCUACACCAAUAUCGAUGUGCCAGACAUCUACUCUGGCCCACGGCUAACCUUUCCUUUAGAUAUGGAUCAGGCUGCUGAUCUUCUAGAGGCCUUUAAAAACAAACAACAGCUUCACUCUCGAUACGUUCUUCAGCUUCUUCUGGAAACAUGGAAGUUGCUCAGAGUGUUGCCAAAUAUCAACCGAGUCUCUACAUGUCAUAGCAAAGAAAUAACCAUUUGUGGUGAUUUACAUGGACAAUUAGAGGACUUGCUACUAAUAUUUUACAAGAAUGGAAUGCCGUCAAUGGAGAAACCCUACGUUUUCAAUGGAGACUAUGUGGACCGAGGCAAAGACUCCAUAGAGGUUCUGCUCAUAUUGUUUGCUUUCUUGCUUGUGUAUCCUGGAGAUGUUUAUCUUAAUCGAGGAAACCAUGAAGACCACAUCAUUAAUUUGAGGUAUGGCUUCACCAAAGAAGUACUGAGCAAAUACAAGCUGCAUGGGAAGCGUAUCCUCAAGUUGCUGCAGAAGAUCUUCAGCUGGUUGCCUUUGGUGACAGUAAUCGACCAACGGGUGCUUAUAGUCCAUGGAGGAAUCUCAGAUACCACUGAUCUCUCUCUGAUAGCUCGAGUGGACAGACACAGAUAUGUGUCUGCUCUGAGGCCUCCUAAGAGGAAGACUCCAUCACGCGCUAAUGUAUAUGCAGAUUCAGAGCGUUAUGAUGAGAUGCUCAUCUGUAAGAACAGAAGAGGUUCGCUGACCUUUCCCAAAACGUUUGGUGCUCGAGAAAGUUUUCAGAGACGCUCCCUUCAGGACUUCUCAAGCACCGUGGCUCGGACGCUUGAGCAGGAGCUCGAGGUUCGCCAUAGACAAGCUGAGUUUAGCCUGUCCAGCUUCAGCAAGUCCCACCGCAUCCUGAGCUCUACUCUGUCGUCUGACUCUGAACCCGAGUCAUCAGAGUUCGCCGACACCAGCAAUGAUGAGUGGAAACAGAUUUUGGACCUGCUGUGGAGUGACCCCAUGUCUCACAGUGGUUGCAUUCCCAACGAGGUCCGUGGUGGAGGCUGUUACUGGGGUCCCGAUGUCACAGAGGAUUUUCUAAACAGACACAAUCUCCAGCUCAUCAUCCGCUCACAUGAGUGCAAACAGGACGGAUACGAGUUUUGCCAUAAUCGCAAGGUCCUGACCCUUUUUUCAGCCUCUAACUACUAUGAGGUUGGCAGUAACAGAGGAGCAUUCGUCAGGCUGGGUCCAGAUCUCGUGCCUUACUUUGUUCAGUAUCAGGCCACCAGUACGACCCGAGGACUGAGCUUUCCACAAAGUGUAAAACGCACAGAGCACACAGCUCUCAAAGUCCUACGAGAGCAACUGUUUGUGCACAAGUCCGAUCUCCUCAGUGCCUUUCAAGAGAUUGAUAAGGAGAACACAGGUCUGAUCUGUUUGACGGACUGGGCGAGUGCAAUCGAGCGAGUUCUUCAUUUGGAUCUGCCCUGGCAAGUGCUUCAUCCUCAGCUAGUGUCCAGCACCACUGAUGGGAAGCUGGACUACCACCGCUGGUUCCGUGAUCUCGCCCUAAAAAAGCCCAGCUCUGAGCACAUUGAGCAGUCUAUGCUGGAGACACUUUAUAGACAUCGCUCCACACUGGAAACCAUCUUCAGAAUAGUGGACACAGAUAACUCAGGUUUCAUCACUUUUGAGGAUUUUCGUCAGACGUUGAAAUUGCUCAGUGCCUAUCUGAAAAUGGAGAUCUCUGAUGAGGUCAUCAACGAGCUGGUUAUCAGCACUGACACAAAUAAUGAUGGCAGCAUUGACAUCGAUGAAUUUAUGGAGGCUUUCCGGCUGGUGGACAAAAGCAGACUUGAGAGAGGUAAAAGUCUAUUAAAGCUCAAGCAGGACAAUCAGAGCCUUCCUCAGGAAACAGAAACCCCACAGACUGUCGACUCGACAUUUCCACAGACUUCACAGUGUCCAGCUUUACAGACUGCAGAUCCACCAGCUUCAAAUACUGCAGAUUCUGCAUCCUCACAGACCGCAAUUCCUCCAGCUUCACAGACUGCAGACCCUCCUGGUUCACACACUGAAGACAGUUCAGCUUCACAGACUGAAGAUCUCUGCCACAUUUCUCUUGUUGUUCCACCACAAUAACUGUUGUAAAUGUUGCAAGCAGUAUCCUUCCCUUGGUAUUUAACCCUCCAGAUUAACCUUUUUUAGACUUUAAUCUUCUUCUCUUAACCAAAUCUACUUCAGGUUCGGGUUUAGAUGUUCAGUAAUCAAUAAUAGAUGUUCUCCAUGCUUCGUUUCUGUACAUUGCAUUACAGGCUGCUAUUUCAAGGAUUUCUGGUCCAAGAUAAAGAAGCUUCUAGAAUUUGCCUUCAUUGCCUCUGACAAAUUUCUUCACAACUUCUGUAUCAAAAUGAGCCAUCAGUAUCUUGAUAAUACUCCAUUAUAUACACUACCAGUCAGUAAGUUUUUUUUGUCUCUUCUACUCACCAAGCCUGCAUUUAUUUUAAAUAAAAGGUUUGUUUUAUGAAUAGAAAGUUCAGAAGAACAGCAUUUAUCUGAAAUAGAAAUCUUUUGUAAUAUUAUAAAUGUCGUUAUCAUCACUUUCGGUCAAUUUAAAGAAUACUUGCUAAAUAAAAGUAUUAAUUUCUAUAAUUUAUUUACUAUAUAUAUAUAUAAAACAAAAGCUUUUUAUUUCUGCUAAAUGCUCAUCUUUGGGUCUUUCUGUUCAUCAAAGAAUCCUGAAAAAAAAAUUUCUGAACUGUUUUAAGUAUUGAUAAUAUUACUAAUUUCUUGAACAGCAAAUUAACAUGUUAGAAUGAUUUCUGAAGGAUCAUGUGACACUAAAGACUGGAGUAAUGAUGCUGAAAAUGUAGCUUUGAUCACAGGAAUAAAUUACAUAUGAAAAGAUAAUAGACAGCAGUUAUUUUAAAUAGUAAAAAUAUUUCACAAUAUUUCUGCUUUUGCUGUAUUGUUGUAUUUUGAAUCAAAUAAAUGCAGACUUGGUGAGCAGAAUAGAAUUCUUUAAAAAUCUUUCUGUUCAAAAACUUUUGACUGGUAGUGUAACGGUAGGCUGUAUGUUGUUCGUAAUGUAUUAAAUGUGCGUACAUGUGCUAAGUAUGCAAGUAAAUGGGUAUAGACAGAGAUUGAAAACUUUUUGUCUGCAACUUAGAGCUAUUUUUUCAUAUAAGACAUGUUGAGGUUAAGCUCAACGUGCUUUUAUUUGCUGUGAGCAAAUAAAAGGGCAUUGUCCUAGAAAACAGACCAGCCAAAAAGCGGACUGAUGCUUUCCUUUCCACCCACACUGACUGAGGGAGAUGGUUUUGUUAUUAAAAAUAACACGGUUGAGGGAGUAUGUUCGCAUGUAGUCGUAAUGCUGUGACGAACCACAAAUCCACCUCAUACGUUUUAUGUCAUAUUUGGUUACCAACGCACAUGUCUCUCAUAUAAAGUAUUUAGCGAAAUUUCCUCAAAGCUUAUGAUUAUUAAUAACUGUGAUUCACCACUAGGAGGCGGUGCUGUGAUAUGUCUGUUACGACUGCGGUUUUCAGAAGAGUUUAUAGCCGUAUCGCUGUCUGUUUGCCCUCACUUCUUUUGUUAAACUGAAGAGGGCCUGUGUGGGCGGUGGAAGGCCUGGACAAGUACAGCUAUCAAAAAGUGCUAGUCUUCACAUGUCUGUUGAGUCACUGUAUAUCACGAAAACUUGUUGUUUUUUCCUUUCCGUCAGGUUUCGUCAGAUCUCCCACUCUAUACCUUACUUUCGCAUCAGAGGUUAUCAUCACCACACUAGUGGUUUCAACACUUUCCUGUAGCUGUGGCCAAAUGAGUUUUUUUGUUUAAACGGCCAAGACCUUAUUUUUACAACUACGUUAUUCAAGUGACUGACGCAGGACACGUGUUGCUUCAUUUCAUCUGAUGCCAAAAACCUUGAAAAGGCCAUCAGGUAUAAUGAGAGACAAAACGACAGAGUCCUUCAACUGGGUUCAGUGUCACAAAUCAUGACAUUAACAACAAAUUAAAUCUUCAGCUUUGGACAAAUAUGCAGAUUUAACAAUUUGGCCAUGCUGUUCCUCAA